UCACUCAGAGUAAUAAAUUCAGUUCAGAAGCGAUUCAGAUUGAGUCGAAAGAGGGUUAAGAAAGACGAUAACUAACAGAUCAUCAUUCUCAUCAUCAUCAUCAUCACCACAACACCACCAAAAAAAGAAAGAGAGAAAGAAAGAAAAAAACAAAAGUGACUUUUCCUUUCUAAUUAACAAAUUGUUUAUCUUUUUCUCUCGUAUUCCUGGUUACCAUUACUAAUUGUUGACUGUUAUCGUCUUUGAACCCAAUCAUUUCCAAGUAAAUUCAACAAUCAGCUAAUUGUGACUAUUUAACCUUAAAUUCACCAACUACUAAUUGUUAACAAAUCAAAUCCACCAACACAAACAACAACUAACCGUUUAAAUGAUCAACACCAAUGAAAACCACAUGGAAAGUUAAUCGUUGUGAUUAAGUGACUUUAAUCACCAACAAUUAGAUUAUUAAUCCUCUCAAUUAUCAUGCAACAUGGUUAACCACUCAAAUGAACAUCAAUAUAAUCAACAGAAUCGACGACAACAACAACCAAUGUUAAUUUGGUAUUUAAAACCCAUUUUUUACUAGUAGCAAAAGUAUUUUUAGCUAAAUUGUGUCAACAUCAUCUUCAUCUUCAUCAUCAGCUCAUCAUCAUCAUCAUCGUCUCUCUCUCUCUCUCUUUCUCUCAUCUUCAUCUUCCUUGUAAAUCUCAUCCAUUAAACCAACUUGUUUUUGUUAUUAUUUUGUUACCAGAAAAACAGUUUUAGGUUCAACUGGUUAACCAGAAAAAAAGAAACACAAUUAACUAUCAAUCAAUCAAGUGUAUUUUUUAUUGUUAUUAUAUUUCUGUUAGAAAGGGAGAGAGAGAAUCAUUUUAAUUGUUGUUAACAACAACCAAGAGAAAGAGAAUCAAAUUAAAUUGUAAUUGAGUCGAAGAAAACAAAAUAAUCUAAGUAACAACAAUUUAGAAAUCAAUUCUCAUUACCAAGUCUUUCUUUCACAAUUUACUUUCUAUUAUUUACAACAAUUUAUCCUUCCCAGUCCUUCCCUGUAUUCAACUGAAAAUUAAAUCACCAUCAUAAUUUAAUCAUCAAAUAAUCUUAUCAACAGAAUUAAAUUAAAUUUCAAAUAAGUUAAUUGUUAACUUUGAUCAAGUCAAUUUCGCCUCAACAAACAUUAACCGGUAACUUGUUGCUCGUUUUUGUUAAACUUGUUUUCGCAUCAACAAUCAACUUAAUCAUUUCGUGUUAAUUUAAUAUCUUUCACCUUAAUCUGAUCCCUUGUGCCCACUGGAUUUAACAGGGAGAAAAUUAAUUGUUCGUGAUUAACAGAAAGGCAAAAGAAAAGGAGAUCCAAACAAUUUAAAUUGUUAAUCUUUUCCUUGUAUAUGUGUUACCCAAUUGCAAAGUACUCGCAUUGAAAAUGAUCAAUAAACGUAAAAGAAAAGUCCAAUCAAUAGUUAAUUUGUUUCCAUAUCUAGUACGUGAUCUUUGAUUUACAAUUAACGUGAAAUCAUCUUCAUCUCAGUUGAUGAUUAAAGUCUUAAGAUCAACAAUUUUGGAGCAAUAAAAAUGCAAAAUGAAACCGUUUUCAUCAUUUCCUUUUCCUCCUUCAUCAGUUUUACAAUUUUCUCAUCUUCAUCUUUACAAUUUCUUCCUUCAAUUUUAAGUGAUAAUCAUUUUUGUGUCUUGUGAAAAAAUGACCUUCCAUUUAUCUCAUGCGUCCAAUAAGUGUAAUCUCAUCCUAUCAUCAUCACCUUUAUCACCAAUACCAAAAUCAUCGUCAUCAUCAUCACCAAAAAGAUCAUCAUCUUCAUCACCAUUACCAACAACCAAAUCAACAACAUCAUCAUUAUCAAAAUCACCAUCAACCUCAACGUAUCAGUAACUACAAUUGCAGCUACAACCAAAUCAACACUUUAACCACCAACAACUACAAGUAUAAUCAUAAUAAGAGUCAACAUCAUCAUCAUCAUCAACCUCAUCAUUUUAAACAUUACCACAACCCAUCAAUAACAUUAUCAUCAUCAUCAUCAUCAUCAUCAUCAUCAUCGUCAUCCAUUAAUAAUAAUAAUACCUCUGAUAUUAUCCAAAAAAUUAUCGGAAAACAAUAGCUACCUUAUAAUCAAGUGAAAACUGAAUCAACAAUCAAUACUCAUUGAUAAACGUAAUGACCAUUGAUCAUUUUUAAAACAAUUGUUGAACAUUGGAAGUAAUUUUUUUUGUAUUUUAGUGAUUGAUUGUUUUCGUUUACUUUGAUUAUAAUUGUUAAUCUGUUGACCCAAUGGCUUCGGUAGCGGCUUGGCUUCCCUUUGCUCGAGCGGCGGCCAUCGGCUGGGUUCCAAUAGCAAAUAAUCCGCUUCCCGCUCCUCCAGUUACAAAGGAUCGUCGUAAACGUGAAGAUGAAAAGUUUAUCAUUAAUGUUUCCGGUCGUCGAUUUGAAACUUGGCGAAAUACGGUUGAAAAGUAUCCCGAUACUUUAUUAGGUUCUAAUGAGAGAGAAUUUUUUUACGAUGAAGAAACUCGUGAAUACUUUUUCGAUCGUGAUCCCGACAUAUUCCGUCACAUAUUGAACUAUUAUCGAACAGGUAAACUUCAUUAUCCUAAACAUGAGUGUCUCAUGCAGUAUGAUGAAGAAUUGGCCUUUUUCGGUAUCAUUCCAGACGUGAUUGGAGAUUGUUGCUACGAGGAUUAUCGUGAUCGUAAACGGGAAAAUGCUGAAAGAAUGUUAGAUGAUAAAUCAUCUGAAGCAGAGAACCCGAAAGACGCAGAAAAAGGGACAUUACGACAGCAAAUGUGGAGAGCAUUUGAAAAUCCUCAUACCUCAACUGCGGCUCUUGUUUUUUAUUAUGUUACCGGAUUUUUUAUCGCCGUUUCCGUUGGGGCGAAUGUAAUUGAAACAGUUCCCUGUGGACUUCGUGAGGGAACAUCAGAUAAAGUUUCCUGUGGUGAUUCCUACAAGAUUGCAUUCUUUUGCCUGGACACCGCUUGUGUUAUCAUAUUUACCUGUGAAUACCUUUUACGUCUUUAUGGUGCACCAAAUAGGUGUAACUUUAUGAGAUCAGUUAUGUCGGUAAUUGAUGUUGUCGCCAUUUUACCUUAUUACAUAGGACUUGUUAUAAAGGAUAAUGAUGAUGUUUCCGGAGCUUUUGUUACUUUAAGGGUUUUCCGGGUUUUCCGUAUAUUCAAAUUUUCUAGGCACUCACAAGGAUUAAGAAUCCUGGGUUAUACCCUGAAAAGUUGUGCCUCUGAGUUGGGUUUCCUUGUCUUCUCAUUGGCCAUGGCAAUUAUCAUCUUUGCAACGGUCAUGUUUUAUGCUGAAAAGAAUGAAAAAGGAACCACUUUCACCAGCAUUCCAGCAGCAUUUUGGUACACCAUUGUCACUAUGACAACCUUAGGAUAUGGUGAUAUGGUUCCUGCCACGAUAACUGGUAAAAUCGUAGGGGGUGUUUGCUCAUUAAGUGGUGUCUUGGUCAUCGCUCUUCCAGUUCCCGUUAUUGUUUCCAACUUUUCAAGAAUUUAUCAUCAAAAUCAACGAGCAGAUAAACGGAAGGCACAAAAGAAAGCACGAAUGGCUCGUAUUCGAAUUGCCAAAGCCACUAGUGGAGCCGCUUUUGUCAACAAAAAGAAAGCAACUGAGGCUCGAUUGGCGGCCGUUGAGUCAGGCCAAGAACUCGAAGAUGGACCAGAAGAUAUUUUUGAAUUACAACAUCAUCAUUUACUUCGGUGUCUUGAGAAGACAACGGAUCGUGAAUUUGUUGAGCUUGAUGUACCUUUUAAUGGCCAGGCCAAUAGGCCUUCAUCACUUCCGCCCGAAUCACCGUUACUACUCAAAGUGACCAGUAUUGAUUCAAGGAGAAAUAUUUUCACCUCUUGUUGUCGCAAUUGUUUGGGAAGGAAAAGUUAUCAGAAACAUCGAAGCUCAAAUGAAAACGAGGAAGAGGAAGAGGAAAUGAAUGAUAUUCAUAAAAGUAAACUAACCCUUGACCUGGAACCUAAUCAAUCAACUGAACCAAUUCCUGAUCAUCAUCAUCAUCGUCAUCAUCGUCAUCAUCCAUCAUCUUCAUCCUCAUCAACUCCAGCUAAUCCAGGAUCAGAUGAACGGCCUGUUAAUAGUAAUAAUAAUAAUUUAAAUAAUGUUAAUAAUAAUCAACCUUGUGAAUUAGGGACAACUGAACAUUUAUCGACACCCGAUUCGAUGAAGGAUCUUGGUGAGACUUCAUCUGAACGGACAGUUUCAGCCCAUUCAUCCGUUGAACCUGGACAAUUAGUGACCGUUCGCAUAUCCACACUUUGAUUUGAUUCCAAAUGAAAAGAAAAAGAAAAACAAUUAAAACAUUUACAAAGCAAAAACAAUACAAACAAUUAACUCUUUCAAAUUGAAACAAACAAAGACAAAUCAACCAAAUAAACUCAAUCGAUAUCUAAAUUGUUACUUAAUUACUGAUAAAAGUCUUGUAAAUUAACCAACGAUUAAUAUCAUCAAGUGAUUAGUAAUAAUUUAAUAAUUUAUUAUAUAUAACCAAUAGAGGUAAAAGCAUUUAUUGGUUAUUGAUUGUCAAACAAUUAAGUUGAUCAAACUUUUCAAUCAACUGGACUAAUUUUAACAUCAAAUAAUUGAAAAUUUAAUUGUUUAGUUUGUUAUGGAAAGUUGAACAUUUCGAGUUAACAAUUCAACGAAACUUGAAGUUUAACUUGAAACUUUUUUCGGGUUUUGUUGUUAAUCAACUCAAGAAAAUGUUUAAUCACUUUGGUAAUCAGAAUAAUCGAUUAUCAAUCUAAUUUAAUUGCAAGUGAUUAAAUUGUUGUAAACAGUAAAACAUGAACAUGACUUCAAACAAACAACAAUUUGAUUUAAUUGUUUCUGUUUUUAUUUUCGCGCUAUUUUAUUUUCAUCAAUUUUAAUUGAGACAAAAACAAACAAACAAAUUGUUACAAAUAUAAUAAACUUAUUAAUUAAUCGUAUGUAUUAUUAUUAUUACUUGAUUAAUUAACUAAUUAUGAUUAAUAUCAUAUGAUUGUUAUGUAAAAAUCAUUCAAAUCAUUGGUUAAAAUGAUAAUUAAAAACAAAACAA